CUGCCUGACUCCGCGCUCCCGCCUGAUCCUCUGGACUGUCUCCCCGGCCUCGACCCCUGCUCGCCCCUGGACCCCGUUUUGGAUUACCCCUCUCGGAUUGUUCCUGGACUGACUCCCCGUUGCCGACCUUGCCUGCCUGACCACCCCCUCUGGUUUGCCCCUUUAAUAAACCAGUUCGAACUGACCGUCUGCCUCCGGGUGUUUUUGGGUCCUCUGAGUCGUACAUUACAGUACGUUCUGGCCAACAUGGACCCAAACCCCGACGGUCAGUGGCGAGCGGGGGUGGAGAAAUCCAUCGCGCAGCUUGAGGCCUGCGUCACGGAGAUUCUCAAUCAUGUCCGUGAUCUAGCCUCGCCUGCGGCUCCACUCCCGCAAGCCUCUCCGCCUGCCCCCGUGUCGCCUCCGGUGUCGAGGUCUCCACCGGAGCCGCGCCUCGCUCCACCCGGAUCUUUCGGAGGAGAUCCGGAGCAAUGCCGGGCUUUUCUCACUCAGUGUGAAAUAAACUUCGAGGUGCAGCCCUCCUGUUUCCCGACGGACCGAGCCAGGGUGGCGUACGUCAUCUCACUGCUGGAGGGUAAGGCGAGACUUUGGGGGGCCUCUGAGUGGCAGAAUGAUACUGCCGUCUGCUACUCGUAUCCUGAUUUUGCCCAGGAACUGACCCGAGUGUUCAGUCCGGUGCUGCCCUGCCGAGACACCUCGGACAGAGAACCUCCCGAUAGGCUAGAAGCCUCUGCCGGCCAAUGGCUGCAGAGACUCGGCUGCGACAGGACCCACCGGCAGCAGCAGCAGCAUCUCUUCUGCAACCAAUCAGACUGCGCCGAUUCUCCCCUACAUCCAACCCGAAUAACUGCAGAUGCCCGCAUCCAAGCAACGGGUCUCUUUAGCUCUCUGUCUAUCUCUCUCUGA